AUGAAUAUAUUCGAACACGAUAUCAAAAAUGUGGAAAAAGGAAAUGUUGUGGCAAUAUUGGGUACACAAUGGGGAGACGAAGGGAAGGGGAAAAUAAUAGACAUUUUGUCAAAGCAUUCAGAUAUCACUUGUAGAUUCAAUGGUGGUGCAAAUGCUGGCCAUACCAUAUCUGUGAGUGAUACAAAAUAUGCUUUACAUUUAUUACCUUGUGGAAUAUUAUACGAAAAUAAUAUCUGCGUCCUGGGGAAUGGAAUGGUUGUACAUAUAAAGUCUUUGAUAGAUGAAAUAAAGUCUGUUGGAGGAAAUAUAAUGGAUAGAUUAUACCUUUCAGACAAAUGUCACAUUUUAUUUGAUAUUCAUCAAAUUAUUGAUACGAUUCAAGAAAAUAAAAAACUGAAAGAAGGAAAACAAUUAGGCACAACGAAGAGAGGUAUAGGUCCAUGCUAUUCAACAAAAGUUUCUAGAAUUGGUAUAAGAUUAGGAGCUUUAAAAAAUUUUGAAAAUUUUAAAAAAAUUUAUAUUAAAUUGAUAAAUAAUUUAAUAGAUUUGUACCAAAUAAAAGAAUAUAAUAAAGAACAAGAAUUGGAAGCAUUUUAUAAAUACCAUAUUUUUUUAAAAGAUAGAAUCAUAGAUGUUAUAUCUUUUAUGAAUGAUCAAUUAAAUAAGAAGAAAAAAAUUUUAAUCGAAGGAGCUAAUGCAGCUAUGUUAGAUAUAGACUUUGGUACAUAUCCUUAUGUAACAAGUAGUACUACAACUGUUGGUGGAAUUUUUUCAGGUCUUGGGAUAAAUCACAAAACGUUGAAUUUAACAGUAGGGGUAGUUAAAAGCUAUUUAACUAGGGUAGGGUGUGGCCCAUUUAUGACUGAGCUGAACAACAAAAUUGGAGAUUCUUUAAGAGAAAAAGGUCAUGAAUACGGGACUACCACGAACAGACCUAGAAGAUGUGGAUGGCUUGACAUACCCAUGUUGCUUUAUGUGAAAUGCAUCAACUCAAUCGACAUCAUUAACUUGACCAAGCUAGACGUUCUCUCAGGGCUGAAGGAAAUCUUCCUUUGUGUUGCUUAUCGCAGCAAAGGGUCAGGUGUGUUGUUGGAAAAAGGGUGUUACCCAGUGGACGAGGACGCCUCGGAAUAUUACGAACCAGUUUAUGAAAAAUUUGAAGGGUGGGAAGAAGAUAUAUCAAAUUGUAAAACAUUUGAAGAAUUACCAAACAAUGCAAAAAAAUAUGUGUUGGCGAUAGAGAAAUAUGUAGAUUCUCCUAUCGUGUGGAUUGGUGUCGGUCCAAAUCGCAGUAACACGAUUACUAAGAAGAAGUGA